CAUGUAAUUUUUUUCAUCUCCUGUGCAGUUACACUCUCACUGUAAAUUAACUUCCAUCAUUAAGUCAUAAAUGCCUUUAGUCAUGUUUCUCUGAGUAAUAGUGGUAUGUGAUAAAAACGUGAUGUUAAUGAAGAUCAAGUUGAAUAACAGUUGUCUUCGACACUGAUGAAGAGAUGCUCUACUCAAUGAAGUAAUCCAAACACUACCACAACAGUUUGAAGAUUUCAAGCUAAGCUCAAUCCUGAUCUUGAAAAUGUCUCUGUUUAAUCUUUCAUCAGAACAGACAAAUAUUUUGUAUCAGAAACCAAUGGAUGAAUUCAAUUUUAUGGAUGAAUCUCAAAUCACAUGAAAUCAAAAUCCUAUUCCACUAGCCUGGCUGCUAUCAUUUGUUCAUAACGUCAUCAUUCCAUGUACUAGGCACAGUAAUAAGAGCCUGUGAAUCAAUCACUGGAUGACAUCACCACAUGUGCAAUGGAUGAUUAUCGUCAAUCUAGUCUGCCCUCAUGAAUUUCAGUGAGGCUAUUGUCUGAAGUCACUCCUUCGACACUGUUUGAACUCUACAAGGUGAGGUGUUUGACUCACGCCCAAGUGAUAACAUCAAUCAUGGUAUCCCCAUCAGGGGAACUGUGUGUGGUGCCAUGGUUGAAGUAUUAAUACAUGUCAAAGAGUGAAAGGUUAACUACUGUCUGACCUCUGACCUUUGAUAAGCUCCCGGUCUAAACCUGGGACCUGUAACAGAUCCAUCAAUGCUGCUCCCUGUUUGGCUCAUAAUCAACAAGGGUGGAUUGUUGGAAAUAGGUUUGGAAGGCAAGAAGCUUUUUAAGGAGUGUGCAUCUGUGGCCUUAACCUUUUGACCUUUGACCUCAACAGCUGCAUUUUGAUGUCAGGACUGGGUAUGUCUCAUCCAUUGUGAUGGGCACAGCAACUGUACUAUGACCGAACAGGUUAAAAAAAAGAAAUGGGGGGAGGAACUCCAGUCAAACUGACAUGUUAACGUACAGGGAAUGUGAUAGAACACACACAUGAAAGCUUUUACUCCGUCUCCAAGACUGGGUUUUUAACAUGUCAUCUUUUUAAACUCAGAGUUAGAACUUUUGAGAGUAAGAACUUUGAACUAAGAAGGCCAGUUUGGAAGCAUCUGACGAUAAUAUCCAGACCAGGUUGGCAUACUCCACCAAGAUCACCAUAAAUUACAUCACAGAAACCAGACAGAAUGAUUGGAAUGGUCUUUUUCACUAUUCCUAAACAUACAUGCAUUUGUGAAAAACAAUCAGCACCAAAUCUGAUCUGGGAGUAUGCAGGCCAACAUGGGACAAGAGGUAUCAAGAUUCCUUGCUUGUCCUUUAAAGAGGCCAAGGUGAUUGAGAGUGAUAAAGCUAUCUAUGCUAAGCCUUUAGUCUGUACUUAUGCCUAGAGGGAUAACUAACCAAUCUCAGGGGACUCAAAAUAGAUCAACAAUCAUCAAGUCAAGAUGCCCUCCCAACAUUCAUGUAACCUGCACACUCAUUGGCUGAAAAGUUGCCAAGGGGUGGGGCUUCAGUGCUGUCACUCUACAGAUGAUAGAUUCUGAUUGGAGAACAUACUAAAGGGAGAGUUUUGCAAUGAUCACCUGACAGAAGCUUGGUUUUGAUUGGAUGAUUUAACGAAAGGGUUAACUGCAGAGAUUUGAUUGGUUAAUUAAGUAGUAAAUCAAGGUACAUUUGAAAGAGAGUGAUUUAAGAAACUCAAGCUCUGUCUAGGGAGUGGCAGUCAUUCUUUUCAGUCUCAUGCACCAGAUCGAAGAAACAGCUAAUGACUUCCUCUGCUCAUCGCUGAGUAAGGUGUCACACUACAAGGAAUACUACACUUCCAAGAUUUAACAAAUUCAUUUCAACAGUGCCAGUUUUGACAACACCCCACACCGUUCUGAGCCCAUUCAAGAUGGUCCCCAAGACUUUAUUGAUUCUGGCCAUCCUACCUUCCCUCAUCAUGGCCACGCCCCUACCGGAGGACCCAACAUCAGGUGGGCAUACACAGGAAACUGAUUCAGAUGUGGCGGAACACCCAGUGACAGAUGGAAUGAGGGACAAUGUGACACAGGAACAAGAAAGCAUGAAUAGUGAGGGCAUCACAUCAGCCUUUGUAUCAGCCUUGGUGACAAAAACAGUGACAAAUGAGGUAAACAGCUCACAGCAGCUACGCAUACGUCUCAAUACAGAAGCACCAUCAGUCCCCACCGCUGUCAUACCAAGCGCUGCCAAUUCAACAAAUGGGAUAACAAACAUGGUGACGGACACUGUGACAGAGGAAUCAUCUCAAGUGACCAAUGUGGCAUCCAUGACAAUUGAUAUGGUAAUGGAACGUCCAUCAGAACCUACAUCUCGGCAUGAAGUCACAUCCUCUGAGUCUUAUUCUACUCCUCUGCACACAGGUGCAAUAGACCCCACUGAGGAGACAGAAUCAGACCUUGAAGACAGAAUCACAGAGCAUCUCUCAGAGAUACCACCCAUGGAGCACCUUCAGACAUUAUCCCUGCAGCCUCUUGAGAAAACUGUGGUGGAACAGAUGAUGACAUUCCCUGCUGAUCUUCAAGAAACAGCUCUGAGUCAUCAGAUACAAAAUGUUACACAACAGGCAUUGACUGCUGGAAUGACAGACCAAACACUCGGCAAAACAAUCUUCAAUAGAUCCCAUACCACUUUGAUUCAAGCAACAUCUCAAACCCAGCAGCUGGAUUGGAAUGAGAAUGAAGGUGAUAUUAGCCAAACCCCUAUCCACACCUCCAUCCCAGCCUCCCUUCCAACCCAAUCAAGAACCGUAGAUUCAUCCCAGUCAUCAACCCAAGCCCAAAUACUAACGCAAUCUCCAACAGAAACCCUCAUCAAAAUGCUUUCACCAACCUCAACAACAGUGACCCAAACUCAAUCAAGACAGGCUCUGAGCCAAAAUCUAAACCUAACCCUGGCAUCAAACCAAACCUCUCUCCCAACCCCAGCAGCAGAUCCUAUCCAAUCUCCAGUCCAAACAACCACUGAAUCCUCAAGAACUUUCCCAACUCUGACACCAACCCAAAUUACAGAAACACUAACUUUGUAUGACAAACAAUCCACCGCACAGACCCCCUUCCAAACUCGUGAGCAGACCCCAACACAAUCAAUCCCACAAACAUCACCCUUUGCCACGCCUUCCCAAUCUCAUCCCACCACAAAUGAUUCCAGUCUUGCUACCGAGACAGAACGGUCAGAGAGCAACACCCAGGUCAUAGUUCAAAUCAUUGUUGAUGGUGCCGAGGUAGGGCCUGGUUAUGUAAUCAAUGGUAUUAAUGACAAUGGGAGAAUUGAAGUGCAUGUCUUUGUAAAUACGCUUCCCCAUCAAUAAGAGAGUUCUUAUAUCAAAACUUACUGUUUGCCAAGUAACUUACGCUAUCCAUACACAGUAAAUGUUUCCAAUUUUGUUUACAUGUUUCAAACACUUCUAGCCAUCUGUCUCUGUUUGCUACGGAACAAACUCCAUUUAGCUGCUAUCCAGCACUCAAUGAGUACAAGUAUGAAAGACCUAUACGUUGAUUUCAAUUCAACUUCACGCAUCUGAAAUCUUCUUAAUAUUAGUUUUUCAAAAAGAUUGAAAAUUCAAAACAAAUUUGUGCCACAAAUGUGCUGAGUUACGUGAUAGCUACCGGUAUGUAUGCAGUUUUCAUGUUCUACCUGUACAUGUGGUUUAAAAUAAACAGCAAUUGACACAUGUUACUACUUAUAUUCAAUUGCUCCAAACCCUAUUUUAAAGUUAACUAGUGUCACAACAAAAUCUUUCAAAAACCAACCGACUCACAACAGUCUGAUCAACAAAUCCAGUGUUGUACAAGAAAUGAUGCAAAUGUUCAAGAGAAAACUGUCGAUAAGU